GCAAAAGAAGAAGGUUAGGUUAUGCUAGUGGGAAAGAAUAUAAGAAAACGAACGGUGGUGAUAGGCCUCAGUCUUCGAUCUCAGCGUCUCCUCCUUACUUUCUUCUCCAGCGUCCGAUUCCUCUCUCUCCACUCUCACCGAUCUCAUCUCACUCACUCGCUCUCUCUCGCGCCAAAUACAAAUUCACAGAUUAGGGUUCCGUCCACCACCAUGUCCGACGGUCCAACCAGUCCAGGCGCCGGCGGCAGCCACGACAGCGGCGGCGACCACAGCCCUCGCUCCAACAUCCGCGAACAAGACAGGUACCUUCCAAUCGCCAACAUCAGCCGCAUCAUGAAGAAAGCUCUCCCCGCCAAUGGCAAAAUCGCCAAAGACGCAAAGGAGACUGUUCAAGAGUGCGUCUCCGAAUUCAUCAGCUUCAUCACCAGCGAGGCCUCUGAUAAGUGUCAGCGAGAGAAGAGGAAGACGAUUAACGGUGACGAUUUGCUCUGGGCGAUGGCGACGCUCGGUUUCGAGGAUUAUAUUGAUCCCCUUAAGAUUUACCUCACCAGAUACAGAGAGAUGGAGGGUGAUACUAAGGGUUCAGGAGCAAAAGGUGGAGAUUCAUCUGCCAAGAAAGAUGUUCAGCCGAGUCCUAAUGCUCAGCUUGCUCAUCAGGGUUCUUUCUCACAGAGUGUUAGUUACACGAAUUCUCAGGGUCAACAUAUGAUGGUCCAAAUGCAAGGCCCAGAGUAAGCAAUAAAUCUCUUGUCCCUCCUCCAGUGGUAAUCACGUGUGUUCUUAAUGCCCGGUGGAGCUUUAGUAAGUUAUUUCAGCAUACUGAAUGUGUAUUUUAUGAUAUGUGAAUACCGCCAUAGGAGACGUUGGUUCUUGAUUCCAGACAUUUUUCUUUUUCUAAAUUAAGGUUUGUAUAUCACGAGUAGAAUUAUUGUUUCCAAGUUAUAUUGUAAAUCUUGGAGCCUUGUUUGACUUAAGGUUUUAGGUUAUUGAUUGUAAGAAGCAUAAAUUGGUAUAUUCUUUCCCUUGUGUGGAUGUACAAUAAUGGACGAAGCUGGUUUAAGUGUCCGAAA